CCGGGGCGCCCCCACUCCUCCCCCGCCGCUCCGGGCGCCCGCCUCCCUCCGCCGACUGUCUCCCGGCACGCCGGCCCACAAGCCCUUUGGACUGACUGCGAGCGGCGGCCGCCCGAGCGAGAGGCGGCGACGCGGGACCUGCAGCCGCCCGGGAUUCCCUCCAGGUGACGAUGCUCUGGUUCUCCGGCGGUGUCAGGGCUCUGGCUGAGCGUCCUUGCCGAUGCUCGCCUGGGAUUACCUGCUGCGUCCUGCUGCUGCUCAAUUGCUCCGGGGUCCCCAUGUCCCUGGCUUCCUCCUUCCUGACAGGGUCUGUUGCAAAAUGUGAAAACGAAGGGGAGGUCCUCCAAAUCCCGUUUAUCACAGACAACCCUUGCAUAGUGUGUGCGUGCUCGAACAAAGAGGUGACUUGCAAGAGAGAGAAGUGCCCGGUGCUGUCGCGGGAUUGCGCGCUGGCCAUUAAGCAGAGGGGUGCAUGCUGCGAGCGCUGCAAAGGCUGUACCCAUGAAGGAAGAACCUAUAACAGCUCCUUCAAAUGGCAAAGCCCGGCUGAGCCAUGUGUCUUGCGACAGUGCCAGGAGGGUGUUGUCACAGAGUCAGCGAUACGCUGUGUUGUUCAUUGUAAAAAUCCCUCCGAGCAUCCAGGAGCCUGCUGCCCUACUUGUCCAGGCUGUGUGUUUGAAGGCGUGCAGUACCGAGAAGGAGAAGAAUUUCAGCCAGAAGGAAACAAAUGUAUCAAGUGUUCUUGUGUUGGAGGCAGAACACGGUGUGUGAGAGAAGUCUGUCCCAUUCUCUCUUGUCCCCAGCACCUUAGUCACACCCCCCCAGGACAAUGCUGCCCCAAAUGUUUGGGUCAGAGGAAAGUAUUUGACCUUCCUUUCGGGAGCUGCCUGUUCCGCAGUGAUGUUUAUGACAAUGGAUCCUCCUUUGUCUAUGACAACUGCACAGCGUGCACUUGCACGGACUCCACAAUGGUGUGUAAGAAGAAGUGUUCCCACCCCGGUGUUUGUAACAACAAUGAGGAUGCCUGCUGUGAAGAGUGUCUCCUACGGGUGCCCCCAGAAGAUAUCAAAGUAUGCAAGUUUGGGAGCAAGAUUUUCAGGGAUGGAGAGAUCUGGUCCUCAGUCAACUGCAGCAUCUGUGCUUGUGUGAAGGGGAAGACAGAGUGUCGCAAGAAGCAGUGCAUUCCUCUCAGCAGCUGCCCGCAGGGUAAAAUUCUCAACAGAAAAGGAUGCUGCCCCAUGUGCACCGAAAAGCCCGGCGUGUGCACAGUAUUCGGAGAUCCCCACUACAACACUUUCGAUGGACGGACGUUUAACUUUCAGGGGACGUGUCAGUACGUUCUGACAAAAGACUGCUCCUCCCCUGCCUCACCUUUUCAGGUGCUGGUGAAGAAUGACGCCCGGCGGACCCGCUCCUUCUCCUGGACCAAGUCUGUGGAGCUGGUGCUGGGUGAGAGCACAGUCAGCCUGCAGCAGCACCUCACUGUGCGCUGGAACGGCUCCCGCAUUGCACUGCCCUGCCAUACGCCCCACUUCCACAUAGACCUGGAUGGCUACCUCUUGAAAGUGACCACCAGAGCAGGUUUGGAGAUAUCCUGGGAUGGAGACAGUUUUGUGGAGGUCACAGCUGCCCCUUAUCUCAAGGGCAAGCUCUGUGGUCUUUGUGGCAACUACAAUGGACAUAAGCGUGAUGACCUGAUUGGUGGAGAUGGAAACUUCAAGUUUGAUGUGGAUGACUUUGCUGAGUCGUGGAGGGUGGAGUCCAAUGAGUUCUGCAACAGACCACAGAGAAAACCAGUGCCUGAGCUCUGUCAAGGCACAGUGAAGGUGAAGCUCCGAGCCCAUCGAGAAUGCCAGAAACUCAAGUCCUGGGAGUUUCAGACCUGCCACUCAACAGUGGACUAUACCACUUUCUACCGGUCCUGUGUGACAGACAUGUGCGAGUGUCCAGUCCAUAAAAACUGUUACUGUGAGUCCUUUCUGGCAUAUACCCGCGCCUGCCAGAGAGAGGGCAUCAGGGUGCACUGGGAGCCUCAGCAGAGCUGUGCAGCUACCCAGUGCAAACACGGUGCUGUUUACGAUACCUGUGGCCCGGGCUGUGUGAAGACUUGUGACAACUGGAAUGAGAUUGGCCCAUGCAACAAGCCAUGCAUUGCGGGCUGCCACUGUCCCGCAAAUCUGGUCCUUCAUAAGGGACGGUGCAUCAAGCCAGUCCUUUGUCCUCAGCGAUGACCUUUGUUCUAGUCCACGGGACUUUGAAAUCUAGUGUCUUUGACACUGACAUGCAAGAGCCAAUGAAGGACUGUAGUAUUUGUGUGCCUGAUUCUGCAAAUACACAGAGUAUAUAUGUGUAUAUAUAUAGAUAUAUAGAUAUAUUCAAAACAUUUCAUCAUUUAUAUAAACUAUAGGUGGAUUAUUAUAUGUAUAUUUUUUGCUAUAAGACAUGUAUUAUUUCUAGAAUACUACUAUCUAAGCCAUUGGAUGCAUCAUAUAAAUUCACAGGUGCUUUUAAUUUAAUAAGGUGGCAUGCAGACCUAUCAGGUGUCUUUAAAGUUACAUGUGUUUGUCAUUCUGAGGAUGUUUCCUGAGAGCCCUCGUGCCUGCCUGCAUUAAUUCAAGAUGUUUGUCAGGAUUUUCGAGUGGGAUUUUUUUUGGGGAAGGACACUUUGUCUAGGGCAUUUCUUAUUUCCAAAGAUCGGAAUGUAUGCCAGAGAAAGAUAGCAUGAGAUUGGGGGUGGGCCCUAAUGAGUGCAAAACAAAGGGAGGCUCUUAGACCUCAUUGGGUCAUAGCUGGAUAUUGUUUCCAAAACUGGAUAGCUGCCAAGAAAUAUGAAUUUUUUUUCAUUAGGGUAUUGUAAAAAAAAAUCAAAUUAUUUCUUUUCAUUUUUGCAUAUCCCAUGAGUCCCCUCAUUAUUUAUGUGUGCAAUGGAUAUGGCCAUUUGUAUGUCAUGCACUGAAGUCAAGGGGUGUCUGAAUGACAUUUUAUUGAGCAUGAGAAGAUAUUUAGAGAAAUCACUCCACAACAUGUAAAGAAAUACUACUUUUUCUCAAUCUCAGAGCAAUUUAGAAUUGGCAAAUCCAUUGAGUAGAUAGAGGCCAUCUACAUUGUGUCACUGUGAAAUGAAAGCCUUGGGCAAUUCUGUAUCAUUACUGUCGAGCAUUGCUUGAUGGAUAUUCAUAUGUUUCCAGUAUUGGACUGAGAGAAAGAUCUGCUGACAAAUUGUUUUAGCAUCAUUCCAAGAGAGAGUUGUGUCUGUAUUCACUAUCAUUUACUGGUGUUACUAACAGUUAUUGGCUCUUGUUUUCUGUUGAAUAAGUAAAAAGGUCAGAAACCAAAAACAAUAGCAGAAAACCCCACCACACCCACUGAUGUCGAAAAGUAAAAUAUUCUGCAUUGUAGUAAAUAAAGGGCUUAAGAUUUAAACAAA